AUGUCUGAAGAGCUUCAGGAUGAGGUUGAGGCCAUCAAUUCGAUAUAUGGCGAAGAUUGCUUGGCACCGUCGAGCGAAGCCAAUGUGUAUGUUUUAUCACCACCCGGAGAAUCAUCCUCUCUUCGUAUCGAAUUUCCCCCUACCUAUCCCGCAGUGCCUCCAGUUGUUCUAGGUACUAAUAGUACUGGCGAGCACGGAAAGCGUGGCGAUGCAGCCCGGGAAUUAUCUCUGUUCUGUCAGGCAGUGAGCACGGUUUACCAACCAGGGACUGUCUGCCUCUUCGAUGCAAUCGAGGAAUUAACUCGGCUUCUCGAGUCCGAGAUUCCAGAGGACCCCCAACACGAGGAUACUUCCAACGAAGAUGACGCAGAUCCUCAACCCUCCGCUAAAUCUGCAGCAGAUUCCAAGCAGAUCAGCGUGCGAGAACCUCCUUGGAUUAUGUCAGAUGCAUUUGUUGAGUUGAAGUCGACUUUUGUCGCCCGGUGCGCCAAGGUCUCGUCAACUGAGGAAGCUGAGGCAUUUGUCCAGCAUCUUCUUUCUACUGACAAGAAAGUCCGGACUGCCACGCACAAUAUCACAGCGUGGCGCAUAAAGGGUCCAAAUGGCACUACAUUUCAAGAUUGUGACGAUGACGGCGAGACUGCCGCUGGCAGCCGGGUCUUGCACCUUAUGCAGUUGAUGGACCUUUGGAACGUGAUGGUAAUCGUUACCCGAUGGUACGGGGGGCAUAAACUUGGACCUCGCCGGUUUGCCCUAAUUAACCAAACAGCUAGAGAUGCGUUUGUCAAAGCUGGUCUAGUUUCUGAAAACCCGAACAAAAAGAAGGGACCGGGAAAGGGUUAA